AUGAUCAAAUUAUUAGCAAUCGCUAUUGGAGUAAUUGGAGUUGUAACUGGGGAUGUAAAUUCCGCGUUCCGGGAUGCAGAGAUAGUUCCAGAUCUUUUGGAUACUCCACCAGCAGAUAAGCUAGAAGUUAUUUAUGGAGAAAAAAAAGUUAUUUUGGGUGAAAAAUUAACGCCGACUGAGGCUAAAGAUCCUCCGGAAAUUCACUACAAACAUGAACAAGGAACAUUUUAUACGCUAAUUAUGGCC